CAACGUUUUCCUCCAGCCCCUGCGCAUUUUAUCGUCCAGCCAUGCUGCUUGAGACGUCGCACAAGCUGCUGGCCCUGGGCGGGAUCAGCGGCGUCAGUGCGCAAGUCCUGGUUUAUCGCUAUGGCGAGUGGGAUGUGAAGGCCCCGGCGCUGUUCGUCUCCUACGCUUCGCUGCUGCUGGGCGCGGUGGUUGUGGAAUUUGUUGCUGGUCAGAACGUUGCGCCCCUGGCUAGCAUUGUUCUUUGCCAUGUCGCGGGCAUUUAUCUCAGCAUGCUCGUUUAUCGAGCGUUCUAUCACCCCCUUGCGAAGUUCCCCGGUCCGUUUCUCGCCCGCCUGUCCAACUUCUACGUGACGGCUCUGUCGGCGAAAAAGCUGCAAUUAUAUAAUGAAGUACAAAAACUGCACGAGCAGUACGGGGAUAUUGUUCGCAUUGCGCCGACUGAACUAUCGAUUAUCGACCCAAAGGCCGUAAAGGCACUGCAUGGAGCUGGCUCCAAGGCUGGAAAAGGGAUUUGGUACACGGUCCUAGAGCCGCGGAUGAACCUCCACAUGGACAGAGAUAAGAAGUCUCAUACGCAGAGGAGGAGGAUUUGGGAUCAGGGCUUUAAGCCUGAAGCGCUCCGGUGUUACGAGCCGCGGAUUACGCUUUAUACUGAUCAACUACUCGCUGCUAUUGACAAGAGGCUCGGAACGACUAUGGAUAUGACGACUUGGUUCAAUUAUCUCAGUUUCGACGUUAUGGGAGACAUGGCGUUCGGAAAAUCAUUCGAUAUGCUCAACUCCGGGAAGGACGCCUAUCUGCUGAAACAAGUGCAUGAAGAUAUGAAGAUGCUCGGACUGUUUAGCCACUUGACGUGGUUGCUUCCGUUCUUUAAGAGAAUCCCGGGCAUAAAUGCGGAUUAUGUUAAACAAUGGAAGUGGAUUACAUCUCACGUCGAACGGAGAGUGAAGAAUCGCCCAGAUAUGCCUGACGUGUUUUCCUUCGUCUUGGAUGCAUUUGAGAAGGGCCCGAAAACCCAGGUGGAUUACAAUUACCUUCUCGGCGACGCAUACUUGGUUGUUGUUGCCGGCAGUGAUACCACUGCUGUAACAAUGAGCGGUUUGUUCUUCAACCUCGUCAGGGACCAAGCGCUAUACAAGGCGCUUCAGAAAGAACUAGAACCCCUCCUACCCGACCUAUCUUACGACAGACUAGCCGAUUGCAGUCUCCUGAACGCUGCCAUAAAUGAAGCGCUCCGGUUACACCCAGCUGUGCCAUCUGGCGCUCAACGCAUGACUCCCCCCGAGGGCAUGAUGAUCGGCGACACGUAUAUUCCCGGAAACACGUUGAUCACCAUACCAGUAUAUACGUUCUGGAGGGACGAGCGAAUGUUCGCUCGACCCAACGAGUUUUUGCCCGAGCGAUGGACGACCCAGCCUGAGCUCGUGAAGGACCCAGCUGCAUUUACACCUUUUAAUAUUGGCUCACACUCAUGCGUUGGGAAGCAAUUCGGUCUAAUGGAGCUUCGUCGUGUCAUCGCUGCCAUCGUAACUCAUUACGAUGUGUCCUUCGCACCGGGCCAAACCGAGCCUGCUUAUUUGGAUGCAACACUAGAUGCGUUCACUGCCGCCCCUGCGCCGCUGCAGGUGGUAUUUAGCAAGCGUCAAGUGUAAUGAAGUAUGCAAACAGAGACAUAGGGCGUAGGGUUGUCUUCUUAAUUCGGUUUCUUUCCACAUACUGCUAGUAACAACUCCAGGACAAGAGUUAUAGAUUUGAGCCACGAGAGAAAAUAUUAUGUCAAUUAGCUAAUGAGUUGUAUUAGGUAAGGGAAUGCUCAG